UUUUUUUCUUUCUUUCCAACCUCCCCUUUCCAAAUCAUAAUAAUUUCUUAAAGAGAAAAAAAAAUGGCUGCGUCUGCAUCUCGCUCCAAUGUUGUCCGUCUGUUGAGUCUUCUUCAGAGCUCCUCGAACGCUUGUCCCUGUCACUCGCACGCACACACUGCCUUGCCCACCCCAGGAUCCUUCUCGAGUCUCCUCAAGUACGGCCGCCAGUACGCAAAUGCUGCAGACUCUACCGACUAUGCAUUCGAGAUGGCUGCCAGUAACAUCCGUUUUGGCCCGGGAGUAACAAGUGAAAUCGGUAUGGAUCUCAACAAUCUCCACGCCAAGAAGGUCGCCGUCUAUACUGACAAGACUAUUGCCAAAUUGCACCCCAUGCGUGCUGUGAUCGAAUCUCUCGAGAUGAACAAAGUCAAUUACGUACUCUACGAUACCGUCCGUGUAGAGCCCACCGAUACCAGUUUCAAGCAGGCUAUUGAAUUUGCUCGCCAGCACCGUCCUGACGCCUUUGUUGCUGUUGGUGGUGGCUCGGUUAUGGAUACUGCCAAGGCUGCCAGUCUCUACAGUGCCAACCCCGAGGCAGACUUCCUCGAUUUCGUCAAUGCACCAAUCGGCAAGGGUCUUCCCGUCAGAUCCAAGCUCAAGCCUCUUAUUGCUGUACCUACCACUGCUGGUACUGGCUCAGAGACCACCGGUACUGCCAUCUUUGACUAUGAGCCUCUCCACGUCAAGACCGGUAUUGCCCACCGUGCCCUCAAGCCUUUGUUGGGUAUUGUCGAUCCUUUGAACACCCGCAGCAUGCCUUCCCAGGUCCACGCCUCAAGUGGUCUUGAUGUUCUUUGCCACGCUCUUGAGUCCUACACUGCUCUUCCUUACAACCAGCGCUCACCUCGUCCCAGAGAUCCCAUUGAGCGUCCUGCUUACCAAGGAUCAAAUCCCAUCUCUGAUAUUUGGUCUUUACAUGCUCUCAAGAUGGUUGUCGAGUUUUUGCCCCGUGCUGUCAAGGAUCCCGAAGACUUUGAAGCCCAACAGCAGAUGUUGUUGGCCUCUACUUUUGCCGGUAUUGGUUUCGGUAACGCAGGUGUCCAUCUUUGCCACGGUUUGAGUUAUCCUAUCAGUGGUCUCAACAAGACUUACAAGCACCCUGGUUAUGAUGUCGACCACUCUAUUAUUCCUCACGGUGUGUCUGUUGCCUUGUCUGCACCCUCCGUCUUCCGUUUCACGGCUGCUUCAUGCCCUGAUCGCCACAUUGAUGCUGCCGUUGCUUUCGGUGCUGACCGGGCUACCAUCAAGGCCGAAUCUGCAGGUGAAGUCCUUGCCGAGCGUUUGACUCGCUUCCUCCAGGACCUCGGUGUUCCCAACGGCAUCAGUGCUCUCGGCUACAAGUACUCUGAUAUCCCUGCCCUUGUCGAAGGUGUCCUUCCUCAGCACCGUGUUACCAAGUUGGCCCCUGCUGGAGAGCCUGGACGCGAGCAGAUUGCUGCUAUUUUCGAAUCUUCUUUGAAGAACUAUUAGAUGUUUUUAUAUUUAUAUAUCACUAUUACUAUCAUUACCAUUACACACACACCCACACCCAUAUAUAUAAAAUAAAAUAUAAAUAAAAGUGAGUCAAAUAUUUACAGUGU